GGCUUAUAUGCCGCGAUAGCAUGGCCGGUGAGAAGGCUUUCACCUAUCGAUUUCUUCGCUGAAACAUUCGGCCGUUCUGGUCGAGUCGCAUUCUAGUAUGUUAUAUAGCAUGCCUCUGCCGCGAGAAUUGUUUCUGUGAAGAACUCAUCUCAAACACUCAAUCGGCAACAAAAUGCGUAUCACUGAUGCUGCAAUCCCGCUGCUGGUCAGCUUGUCUACCAUCGCGGAAGCUCAAAAUGUCGACUUUGGCAAAGUCUAUUCGGUCAAGCCGCAACUAAAGUCGGCCAGCAAUACUGGCUCCUCGACCUCUUCAAUCAAGACAUCUUCGGUCGCAUCUUCCAUUAUCUCGGUUUUGAGCUCUCAGCAUGCGGCAACCAUGGUAUCUUCCGCCUCGGUGGUCUCUUCUUCAACUUCGGCAAGCUUCGCCAAGUCAAGCAGCGGUUCGAAGUCGUCGUCUGCUGCAUCCUCAAAACAACUGUCGGGUAGCUCUGGCACUGCCUUGAGCAAGUCGUCAAGUAUGUCUACGUACUCGACUAAGGCACCUUCCACAUUGAGCACCAAAGCGUCCACGUCAUCAAGCAAACUUUCUACUUCUUCGUCUAGACAGUCUUCGUCGUCGAUAAGAUCCUCAUCGUCGACCAAACAGUCUUCGUCGUCAGCUAAACAGACCUCCACUGCACCUGGUGCUGCCCCGAGCAAUCUUUGCCCAGCCAUCAACAACAAGGACAUCACUGAUUCUAAGGGCAAGGUCUACACCAUCAAAUGUUCAUCAGACACCAACAUCGGGUCUUUUACUAGUAAAUCGGCCACAAACUCAUAUUCGGAAUGCAUGAUCGCAUGCGAUACUACCUCUGGUUGUGUAGCAUUCUCCUACGUCGGGGGUGACAACGGUCAGGGCCAGGGAACCUGCUGGUUGAAGAACUCUGCUGGCAAUGCAAUAGCUGCUGGCAAGAACUUCAUCGCGGGCUUCUUGAAGACCGCUUCUUCGUCCUCGCUUAAGUCCACAUCGACGACAAAGGUCACAUCGGUGUCCAGCAAGGUUUCGACUUCGACCUCAACCAAGAAGGCGAGCUCCUCAAAGGUCAAGCGCGCCACUGCCACGACAUGUAGCAACCCGAACAGCAUUCUGUACAACUACAUUCCAAGCCCAAACACCCCCGCGCAAUUUUUAGUCGAUACAUCCCUGGCUGGUCUAGCUUCUGCACAGUAUUAUCCUACUGCUGGAUAUAGCACCAGUUUCACUGGUCAGUUGGCUGGCGUCUCAGCGCCAAGCUACCUCGGCUACCAGCAACUCUCCUCUUACGAUACUCGCGCAUGUGCUGCUUACUGCAACGCUCGCUCCGAUUGCAAUGCUUUCAACAUCUACAUGCAGCGUACGCCAAGCUUCAUCCCGGAUGAUAAUUGCCCAGACCCAAGUGCUGGUACAUCCAUAACUUGUGCGCUAUUUGGUAGCUACAUCGACUCAUCCAUGGCCACCAACAUCGGCCAAUAUCGUAAAGACUUCAUGGUCGUUAUCCAAGGAUCUAACGGCUACAACCUCAAUUCUGUGCCUGCUACAGUCACUUCAUUCCAAGGCCCGAAUGCGCUCGACGGUGUUGCAUACAGUGCAAAUAUCUUUUUAUCCCAGAAGUACUUCUCCACCUACGACGCAAGUCAGUGCAGCGCUUUAUGCACUGCAUACAGCGCCAAUAGCAGAACCACCGCUCAGAACAAUCGGGUAUCGACAUACACCCCUUGCAAUUACUUCAAUGUUUUCAAUCUCACCUUGAACGGACAACCACAGCUGAUGGGUUGCUAUCUCUUCGGCACUUCCGACGCGGCGAACUUUGGCACGUACAGGACUGCUAGCGACUCAAGUGGUACUGUGUACAAUCUCACUAACUCCUACGGCUACGCGCUCUACCCGCAAGAUAAGGGAUUGACCAAUGUCGUCUGGUCUGCUGCGCCCACUGGCAAGAACGCGACUUGCUCUUCCCUCGGAAAGGCUGGAGAUUCUUAUACUGACUACAACGGCGUCAAAUACACUCUUGGAUGCGGUUACGACGUUCAGUACGCUGCUGACAUUGGCAAUCAAACCACUCCCGAUUUCUACUCUUGCUUUGCAAUUUGCGACAGUGGCGAUUAUCCUGGAUGCUCCGGAUUCGCUUACCUUGGCAAUACCUGCUACUUCAAGAAUCUGGCAGGUGUUACGCGCACCCCUCAGGCCAACGAUUACAAUGUUGAUAUGGCAUGGCUGCCAUCAUCUUAUGCCGGGUUCGGAGCCUCUACUGUCGCGGCGACUGUCAGCUGGACCACAAUGACUACCGCAUGGACUGGAGCUAGCACUACGACUGUCACCUUACUCAACGGUCUCCUUGGUACUAUCCUUGUUGAGGUCCCAGGAUCUGUUCCAGCGGCAACUACAACCACAUAUGUGACUGUUGCAACCGACUCCGGCACAGCGGCCACCAUCGCUACGCAGACUAUUGCGCCAUCCAAUGGAGGCAUGACCGGCACAGUCAAAAUUAUCUAUCCCACUCCGGCCACCACCUGCAAUAACAAGGGUGCGUUGGUAGGAUUCUAUUCUAAUACUCAAUUUUCUGGUAAACAAGGAACCACAAGCUACCCUGCCUACAAGCCCGAAGCCUUCAAGACAGUUGUGCCCUAUGCACAAACUACCGCCUCGUAUAUCGGUGAAUACAACGGCGUCGAUCAAGCACCUGUCGUGUAUGGCAAGUCUCUUACGUAUAAUCAAGCAAAGAUUGUCACCCUCAACCAUGUUUUCUACAUCUUUGCAGGCCAUGGGACUGGUUACUACAGCAUCAAUCUGCCUCAAGCUGAUGACAUCACUCUUGUCUGGGUCGGUCCUAAUGCUUUGUCAGGAUACACUCGUGCAAAUGCCCAGAUGGUACAAAAUUACGUCAGAGGCACCCCAACACCUGUGACGCUUUCCUUCUACCUCACAGCAAACACAUACACCGCAGCAAGGAUACACUUUGGAAAUGGGGCAGAGGUUGGCAACUUCCAGGUCAACGUGUACGCGCCGGAUGGUGCACAGAUCUUGAGUAGCGCACCCGGGGCCAAUUCUGGUAUCAUGAACCCAGAUAUCGUGGUUUUCCCUUGUGACAGCUCACUGGGCGCCAAGUUCCCUGCCUUUGGCAAGGAGACAUGAGUGUAAAGCGUUUCUUAGACAUAGACUUUUCCUUUUCUCUUGAUAAUGUAUCCUGAUUACUAUCCUCUACACAGAUGUAGUCUUUCUUUAAGCAAAAAGUAGCCAUAAGACAGGUUUCUGGAUCGUUGUGAACCAAUUCGAUACAUCAUUAGCCAGAGUAGAAGGACUCGAGUAAGAAUGUUAUUGCGC